AUGGUAAAAUUUAGCAUUAUCACCCCGCCUACUGCUGAAUGGAGCUUGGAGAGUUUCCUCCAACACCAUCCGGCUAAGUUCAGUGGGAAAGGUCUCCCAGACGAAGCGGACCAGUGGUUAAGGGACAUGGAGAAGAUCUUCAAUGCUAAACGAUGCCCUGAUGAAAAUAGAUUGGCGUACGUUGAAUAUUUAUUGACUGGAGAAGCGAGCCAUUGGUGGUCGAGCGCGAGAGCUAUUCUCACAGACGCGCAACAACCGAUCACCUGGGAAGUGUUUAGAAACAAGUUUUAUGAAGAAUACUUCCCUGACAGCGUGCGGUUUGCAAAGGAGGUGGAAUUUCUACAACCGGUUCAGGGGAGUAUGUCCGUCUCAGAGUACACCAAUAAGUUCAAACACCUCGUCAGAUUCAAUACUAUGGCCACAAGUGAAGUGUGGCAGUGUAGAAAGUUUGAGAACGGAUUGAGGAGCGAUCUCAAAGUAUUAAUAUCCAGCCUGUGUAUCCGGACGUUCCCAGCCAUGGUUGAGAGGGCUAAAGUAUUAGAGAAAAAUAUGGCUGAGGCGGAACAGUAG